AACACACGCCACGCCAAUCGAAACCAAGACCAAGUCAAAAGUCAAAGUCUGCGAAGCCGGCUUCUGAUAUUGAAGACUGGAGCACAUGGUCGUCACCGAGAUAUUCCACUCGUGAAAGGAAGAUCAAGAGUUAUAACGAAGAUCUCAUGGGAUCAGAUUCAUCUGACCUUGAUAUGAAACUGGAAGCUUCAACACCAAUACCAGAAGUUGAAGAAGGUGAAACCAUAGAGAGCAUUCACGAUCACCGAAGAAUAGAACGACACGGUAUGUAGCUUGCUGGGCAGAUCAAUGCCAAAAAUCUGCCAUCGUUCUGAAAUUUUUUCUUUUUUUUCCUAUGCAGAGGAAGAUCAAGAUGACAUACCAGAGAGGAACAUUGAGUUUCUCAUCAAAUGGAAAGGGCGCUCACAUCUUCACGAUUCCUGGGAAUUGUUUUCCAGUCUCACAGAUUAUAAGGGCUUUCGAAAAGUGGAAAAUUAUAUCAAGAGUAAUAUUUAUGAAGUUGCUCGAUUUAGGCGACAUCCCGAUACCACGAAAGAGGAAAUUGAGCAACACGACAUCAAUAUUGAGCGCAAUCGAGCUGAGCUUGAGGAAUGGAAGACCGUCGAACGAGUCAUUGGCAUGCGCGACGGUGUGGCUGUAGAUGAUCGAGGGUUUCUGACCACCGAAUACCUUUGUAAAUGGAAAGGUCUGAGGUACGACAAUUGUACCUGGGAAGCCGCAGACCUGAUUGUAAAUGACUUUCAAGCGGAAAUCGACGCGUUCCUGGAUCGAGACGCCAGUCUCAAAGUUCCUUCCAAAUCCACUGUUAUAGGAAAACAUCGCCCUGCGUUCAAGCGUAUGCAAGAACAACCUGAAUAUAUCAAGGGUGGAGAACUUCGCGACUAUCAAUUGUUAGGUGUGAAUUGGAUGGCUCAUCUUUGGUCACGUGAUGAAAAUGGAAUCCUAGCCGAUGAAAUGGGUUUGGGCAAGACUGUUCAGACGAUCAGUUUUCUCAACUAUCUUUUCCAUGAACAAAGAGUAUACGGACCAUUCCUGAUUGUGGUUCCACUUUCGACCUCUGAAAAUUGGAUGCAAGAAUUCAGGCAGUGGGCUCCUGAAAUGAACGUCGUUUGUUAUAUUGGAAACCGACAGUCUCGCGAAAUGAUCAGAGCCCACGAAUUCUAUCAACAAGGUGGUGUCAAACUCAAGUUCAAUGUUCUGGUCACGACUUAUGAGCUGGUCUUGAAGGAUCGGGCAGAACUUGGAGGCAUCAAAUGGCAUUAUUUGGCUGUGGACGAAGCUCAUCGACUAAAGAAUUCUCAGUCACAGCUACAUGAAGCUCUACAAGGGUUCAAUACCAGUAACCGUCUUUUGAUUACUGGAACACCACUGCAAAACAACAUCAAAGAAUUAUCUUCCCUUGUCAAUUUCUUGAUGCCAUCUCUAGACAUAUCGGAGUGGGAUGUAAAUAUUGAUGAAAAAGACGACCAAGAGCGUCAAAAAGAAAAGAUUGGUCAAUUGCAUACUCAACUCAAGCCUUAUAUGCUUCGAAGAUUGAAAAAAGAUGUAGAACGUUCGUUACCAAACAAGACAGAGCGUAUUUUGCGAGUGGAACUGAGUGCCAUGCAAAUGCACUACUACAAAAGUAUCCUUACGAAAAAUUUUGCUGCAUUAACGAACGGUAACGAAAAGCAAAAAAAGCAAUGGCUCAAUAUUGCUAUGGAACUUAAGAAGGCCAGUAAUCACCCUUACCUGUUCCCUGACGCCGAACCCAAGUCAGAUAACAAGGUGGAGUUACUGAAGGGCCUUGUAACAAAUAGUGGCAAGAUGGUGCUGUUGGAUAAAUUGCUUACCCGACUGAAAACGGAUGGUCAUCGUGUGCUCAUUUUCUCUCAAAUGGUCAUGAUGUUGGAUAUCUUGUCGGAUUACAUGUCUUUGCGUGGACAUCCAUACCAACGUUUGGACGGAAGCAUGCGACCUGAGGUGCGAAACAAGGCGAUUGAGCACUACAAUGCGCCCGACAGUCCUGAUUUCGUUUUCCUAUUGUCAACUCGUGCUGGAGGAAUGGGUAUCAAUCUCGUCACGGCGGAUACUGUCAUCAUUUUUGAUUCAGAUUGGAAUCCACAAAACGAUCUGCAAGCUAUGUCGCGUGCGCAUCGUAUUGGUCAAACUAAAUCGGUCAACGUCUACCGGUUUGUUUCCAAAGGCACCAUGGAAGAAGACAUGAUUGAACGUGCCAAGAAGAAGAUGGUGUUGGAAUACCUACUUAUCAAGCAGAUGGAUACGUCUGGUUUAUCGUUGAUGGAUAAAAAUGCCGUGUCGACCGAUGCUUCUAAAACGUCUGGCAAAGUUGGUGAACUUCCAUUCAACAAGGAAGAGAUGUCAGCCAUUUUGAAAUUUGGUGCGCAAAAAAUGUUUCAAGAUGAACAAAAUACCCAAAAACUCGAUGACAUGGAUUUGGAUGACAUUUUGGCUCGCGCUGAACAUACUGAAACAUUGACCGGUGAGGGUGGACAGUCUCUUGGAGGAGAAGACUUUUUGGCUCAAUUCCAAGUUGCCGAUUAUGGUGGAACCGAUGACAUUAGCUGGGACGAUAUCAUUCCUGAAAACGAGCGACCUGCUGCUCCCGAAGAUGAAGCGACUAAUCUUGAAUUUUAUGACCGAGCCGCCAAACGCAAGCAAUACAACUAUGGUGAAGCAUCGGAUGACAAUGAAUCUGUGCACGGUGACGACGCUGCCAAUGGUACCAAAAAACGCAAAGUAGCUCGUUCCGCGACCAAGAAGAAAUCAGGUGGUGUAUCGAAUGUUUUGAGCGAACGCGACUUGAGAGCAGUGAUUCGUGGAUCCACCAAAUUUGGCGAUGCUAGAGAUCGGUAUGAUGAAUUCGUAUCCGAUUCUGAUCUUGUCAACAAGGACGCCAGCUUGGUUCUGGAGGCCAGCGACGAUUUAUACCAAUCUUGCCUAGCCGCUGUACGUGAACAUGUGAAGCAAACUCGCUCCGGUGAAAACGGGGCCGAUAGUCCGGAUGUACCUAAGCCUGUGCUAACUACUAAGCACAAGGCCAUUCUAAUAACAUGGCGCGACAUCAAUAGCGUGAAUGCUGGUCAAGUGGUUCAACGAGUGGACGACCUCAAAGUCUUGCAUAACAUGUUGAAGGACAAUGCUCAACUUGCCAAGUUCCGCAUCACCAUGUCAUUGAAACCUGUUACCAGUUGGGCAUGCCAAUGGGGUCAUCGGGAAGAUUCAAUGCUACUUGCCGGUAUAUAUAAACAUGGGUUUGGAAGUUGGAUCAAGAUUCAACAAGACGAAGCGUUUGGUCUUGGUGAAAAGUUCUUUUUGAUGAAUGAUGAUGAAGAUGGUACAGACGAUAAGAAUAAGGCAGUCAAGAAGAAGGGUAAGACCGAAACCAAAGCUCCCAAGGCAAUUCAUUUGGUGCGUAGAGGUGACUACCUACUCAAAACCAUCGUAGCUGAUCAAGAAAUGAAGCAAGCUGCCGCAAGUCGUCGACGUAGCAAAGCUGGUAGUUCAAAGCCUAGCCAUUCACCGAAUAUUUCAGCAUCCAAACCCAAAAAGACUGCAUCCACCACUUCUCUCAAAUCAUCCCCCAAUCCCAGCUCAUCCCCCUCUCUCAAGACCAAGUCCCCUAAACUUGAAGUCCAAGAUGCCUCCGAAGAUGCAGCUUCAGGCUAUGAGAGCAUGGACGAGGAGAAAGUGGCCAUGGUAUUGAAACCCGUCAAGCCCAAAUUGGUACGAUUAAGGGAUCAUGCUAUGAAGUUGAAUGGUUUGGAACGAUCUGCGCUUAUUAAAGACUGUAUUGGAGCGAUUGGAGACCACAUCAGUCAUGUUGCCAAUAAGCAACCUUCCAGUGGAGCCCGGGAAAAGCUUUCAAAUCACAUGUGGUGGUAUGCCAAACGAUACUGGCCAUUCAAUAAGAUCAAGCAUCAACAAUUGAAAACCAUUUACGAUAAGCUUCAAGUUACUGGUUCAACCGGGUCACCCUCGGUUUCUUCACCUAGAUCUGAGCACAAGAGUUCUAGCAAGCAGCAUUCACAACGAACAUCGUCAUCCCUAUCACACCGGGACCACAAACGACGGUAUCGCUCGGAUGACAAUAGUAGCGAUGAAGGUGGAAGACGACGCGAAAAGAGUUCUUCCUAUCACAAGCGAUCGAAAAAUGAUCGCUCUCCAAGUCGAGAACGUGAUCGAGGACGUACACAGCGAAGAAGUGUGAGUAGCUCAACAAGUCCAAAUAGACACAGACAAAGGAGCUCCAGUAGACGACGGAGAUAUCGAAGUAGAUCUCGCGAUAGGUCAGACUCACGAUCACGAGACCGACGGCGGCAUGAUCAUCACCAUACAAAAGACAGAGACUCUCGACGGCAGCGUUCAAGCUCUCGGAACCGGGACGAUGGCCGUCACCGUAGAUAGGGCAUUGUG